AUCCAUAAGUGGACACGUUUUUAUGUUAAAUAUUUAAUUAUAUUUCUCAUUUAAACGAAAAGUAUUCGCACCAAGUCAAAUAUGUACUAAGAACCGUGCGAGAUAUUCAACUGCAAUUAGCAGCUAACAGCGACGUCAACACCGACAGCGACGCGACGACGAAUACACAGACGGCCUUUGACGAUGAAGACUAUGACGAUGAAGAAGGGGUACCAAAUUUUGCAAGUAUUUUACGCGCAUAAAUACGCAAAAUUUCACCAGAAUGUUGCUAUUUUCGCGGACGCAACGAAACGAAACGACGUCGAUAGGAAAGUUCGCCCAGAGCUGCCAAAUUUCUACACGCAUGUAAAACCAACACGCCAACCAAAUAUGACAACAAUUAUAUAGCAAUCGAUAAGAAGUAUUUAUCGAUCUGAUUGGGAGGAAAUAAACAAAUGUCUUGUCACAUAACCAAAAUAACAGUUAAAAGUAGGUUUUUCAUUAUUGUCGUCCAAAGAUGUUGAUGGGUACAUUUUUAACGUUAGAAAUUGUUACGUUAGUGAUAUUAAAAAUCUAUUUCGUUAUUUGUGGUUUGGUGAUGUUGUACUACGAAGUGGAAAAAUUCUAAAAUAUUGGAUAUGAGUGGAAAUUAAUAUUGUUUAAAAAUUGGGACUACUGCUAGUUUUUAUUAUGCUAACCAUAUUUGGUAUUAAUAUUUUAAAUAUAAAUUUAAACUAUUGUAAAGUCUCAAAGGCAUAAAUCAACCCUGUAAUAUGGUGAAGUAGAAGAUGAGUAAAAGAAAAUGUAAAAACUGAUGUGUAGGUAAAAGAAAAUUUUCAUAGACACGGUCAAAGAGAUCUAUUGUAGAAAAAGGAAAAUUUUUAAAGAUAAAAAAUAAAAGUGCGAGUAAGUAUUUAGGAUUGUUUGAAGACUUCGAUCCGAACCCUUCGGUCGCUCGCAGAACUUCGUUGCAUUCGGUUACCAUCACUUGUCUCGUCACUUGAGGGGGGUGGUGAAUUUAAAUUUAGUAAUAUUAAACAAUAAUUGAAAGUUAAUUAAUCAACACACGAUAGCAGCAGGUGUACAGCUAAGAUGGAUGGCAAUAAAGAUGAAUCGCAUCGGUGCAUUGAUAUAGCGGUGCAAGCCUUUGCCGAGGGUAAAAUGGAAAAGGCUGAAAAGUUCUUGCUGAAAGCGGAAAAACUAUUCCCAACUGAACGUGCUAAAGAACUCUUGUCAAAAGUUAAGACCGGCGCAACGACUGGAGGAAACAAAACUAGCAACAGUGGCAAUGCAAGUGGCUCGCCACAUCGUAACGGUGCGUCUAAUGGUAAUGGUCCACGUAAACGCAAGAACUCUGACUCACGUCAUGUGGAGCCUGAAUAUACGAAAGAGCAAUUAGAGGCCGUGCGCAAAGUUAAAGGUUGUCGCAAUUAUUAUGAAAUACUUAGUAUUACCAAAGAAGCAACGGAUUCUGAAAUUAAAAAGUCAUAUAAGAAGCUGGCCUUAUUACUCCAUCCUGACAAAAAUAAGGCACCCGGUGCUGCUGAUGCCUUUAAAGCAGUUGGAAAUGCUGCAGCUAUUCUCACAGACGCUGAGAAACGUAAACAAUAUGAUUUGUAUGGCAUUAAUGAGACACACACUAGUGGUCACGGUGUACGCAGAGACAACUACGAAUAUGCUUAUGCGCGUGGUUUCCAGGCUGAGGUUAGCCCGGAAGAUCUAUUUAAUAUGUUCUUCGGUGGAGGAUUCGCCCAGCAGAAUGUUUAUAUGCGUCAACAACGUCGCAGGCAACAGCAUCGCGAUGACGGCGAAAAUCAAUCAAACUCUUCGGCGCUUAUCAACUUUUUGCCUAUAUUGUUAUUAAUCGCCUUAUCGAUGGUAUCCUCAUUUUUCAUAUCGGACCCUAUUUAUAGUUUGUCGCCAUCAUACAAAUACGCUGUGAAACGUGAGACAAACCGUCUGAAAGUACCCUACUAUGUGAAGAACAACUUUCAUGCUGAAUAUCAAGGAUCUGUUGGGCGUUUGGAAGAGUCAGUGGAAGAAGACUAUAUAGAUCACCUAAAGUAUUCUUGUAGUCGGGAACGCAACUACCGUGAUUCUAUGUUAGCCAAGGCUCGCUCCUUUGGCGAUCGUGAACUCUUCCGCAAAGCGCAAAAUAUUAAUAUGCCUUCUUGUGACAACUUACAAAAUUAUUUAAAUACGUAGUUUAUUCAAACUGCUUAAACUGUGGUUUGUCUUUGUUAUUGUUUUAAUUUCGUUAUUUAAAAAAUUUUACCCAAAAUUACAAAACAGCACGUAAGCUCAUAAAAAAUUAAUAAUAAUAAUCUACGAAGAUAACGAUAAAAUAUUCACAAAGAAAUAUGUAAUUUACACUAUAAACGACCUUUAAGCCUAUAUUGCGGUAUUUUUGGUUUUCAUAUCCAUAUGUAGCUGUUAAAACAUGCAUACAUAUAAAUAUAUAGUAUAAUUAAAGUAUAAACUCGCUACUUUAUAUAAAGUGGCAAAUGAAAUUGAUUUAAAAAUAAAUGCGGAAGUAAAGAAAGUUUGAUAUUAUUUCA